UAGUUCCUGAUCAUAUGUACGAGAUAACACAUGAUGAGUAAAUUCGUCAAAGUACCUACACUCGGCGACGGAAAUAAUUCUGUAAAAUGGAUGCUAAUAGGGAGAUUGAAGGAUAUUCGAUAGCAGAAUCAAUUGGAUCAGUUGAAAUCAGACCAAAGAAACAUUCGAAAUCGAAGAUCGCUAAACCAGCCGAAAUAGUUCUGUCUGAACCUACGUUGGAAGGUAUUGCGCAAUAUAUUAUAAAAAAACCCUGCAAGAACAUUGUUGUACUUUCCGGUGCUGGAAUAUCCACCAACAGUGGAUUACCAGAUGUAAGGACCCCAGGUACGGGACUGUACUAUACGUUGGAUGCUACCACCGUUCCAUAUCCUCACGCCCUGUUCGAAAUAAGAAGUUUCCGGAAGAAUCCCAGAGCCCUUUACAAGAUGAUAUAUCCAUAUCUUCAGGGUAACUACAAACCAACUCUCUGCCAUUACUUUAUAACUCUUCUGCAGAGAAAAAAGAUCCUUUUGAAGAACUAUACCCAGAAUGCGGAUGACCUGGAGAAGCUUGCUGGGAUUAGUGAAGACAAGCUUGGACAAAUUUAUGGAACAUUUAAUGAGUUUCGCUGCCUCUUGUGUAAGGAUGAAUCAUCGUCACGCUGGAUAAAGCUUAAAUUAGAUGGUGGCCAAACUCCGAAAUGUGCAUGCGGUGGUCUCAUCAAGCCGAAACUGUUCUUCUACGGAGAGGCACUUCCGCAGUUGUUCUGCCACAACAUGGCCGAGGAUAUGAAGAAUUGUGAUCUUCUGAUGAUCAUAGGUUCUUCCCUCAGCGACGAACCAGUAGCCUCUAUGCCCUUCUUCGUCGACAAGAACUGCCCGAGGCUGGUUAUUAAUGGGACACCACUGAGCAAGUCCUUAGGCUUCGACUUCAGCAGCCGGGUGCCCAAGGAUGUCUUUUGGAAAGGCGACUGUGAAGAUGGCUGUGUGAAGCUGGCCGAACUGUUAGGAUGGUCUGGGAACCUUCAUGCGGUACAACAGGAUUCGCUGAACAGCAAUUUGUUCAAAAGGUCAUGUUAAAUAUAUUUUAUAACCAAC